UACGGUCUGUAUUCUGAUGCGCAUCGAUGUGCUGUCCGUCACUUUGCAAACGUCACGCACAUUGGAACCCGCGAGUUCUCAACUCUUCUUCUCUCAUCCGCUACAGUCCACACCCAUUAUCAACUUCUUUCCAUCCUCCAAUGCGAAUUACGACUUUCUUCAAUCACUCGAUUCUGGUAGCAACUUUUUGUGAUCCUUGCAUUACAGCUGCUCUUCAACUUGGACUGCAACUGAUAUGCAAGUAGUAUCAUAGCUAACUUGAACUGGGAAUGGAACUUAACCUCAAUCGAGGAAAAACAUUGUGAUGAAGAGGUUACAUAGACACGCUGUACCAUGCACACCAUGCAGAACUGCGAAUCGCAGGUGGGGAAGGUGAGACACACGGGAGGAUAAGAGAAGUUCCGUUUUUCGUGGCUCGUUUGUGCUGUGCAGGUUCUUUUUUCACGUUUCUGAGUGCGGACGAUCGUGUUUCUUGUGGUGCGAGUCGACAAGAUGCCGCUGUGAAAGUGAUACCGGUCGAAAGGAAGAGCUACAAAAAACCGUUUCCACAAUUGCGUGGAAGUUGGUACACUGGUCACCGCUAAUACACAUGUGUUGUAAUAGAUGUCAACACGAGCGGGAGAGAAGGAAUUGAGGAAGGUGGCGAUGGAGGGGUCACGUUUCCGGAGGUGGUGAUUUCCUGGUCGUGCGCACGUGUUGGUGCGUUGGUGCGUUCAAGUUUCGCGCUCUUGAAUGCGGAUAUGCGCAGCGAGAUUUGAAAUUGCCGCGUGUGCCGCGGCAAGUGUUUCUGGUUGUUGAUCGAUAAUCGAUACGAAAAUCGAUAACGAUAACUGUUUUUUAUUUUCGACUGGACGAGUGCACUGUUGUUGGUCUGGAGAACUUGUGGUGAACUGGAUUGGAUAGUGGAGAACGUGUUCGUGUCUUCUUGGACGCACAUGAUAAUCGACGUGGAGUGAAGCACUCUGCUGUCAAGUUCUCCGCACACGAUCUGCGAGAACGUGGGAAUCUUAAUUGGAUUCGACGAGGAAGGAACGGGUUUUUCUGGACGUCUGGGCAAGUUGACCGAAAAAAAGAUCGUGGAGAGCAGAUUUGUCUAGUUAAUUAUCGCGAGUGAUGAUGUCGAUAGUGCAAAUUUUGUAAAGACAUGAAACUGAAGAAAUUGAAAAGAUUCUCGUAAAAUAAGUAUAGUGAAAUUAGUUAUACGCGUUUGUACCUACCGGUAGUGAUAUAGUGGCGAUCGUCUUGAGAUGGAUCUGGGAAAUGAUAUCAUGCCAGGAUCGAAUGCUUCAUCGUCGUCAUCAUCGUCGAAUGCAGCCGUGAGGGGUCGUACUCGACCCAAUUGUACCCGUUGCAGCAAUCAUGGAUUAAAAAAGAAGCUCAGGGGCCAUAAGAGGUAUUGCGAAAAUCGGUAUUGCAUCUGUGAUAAAUGCAUCCUCACCGCCGAGAGGCAAAAAGUUAUGGCUGCGCAAACGGCCCUGAAAAGGGCGCAAAAGCAGGACGAGGAACGAGGGAUAUCGCCUCGAGAGGUGGACCCCAGACCCAUUUCUCCGAUUAGCAACGGUAGCACUGUUGCUGAUAGUGGUAUAAGCGGGUUUGUGUCUGUUCCCUCUGUAAGAAAGGUGACACCCACACAUCCCCUUCAAACACCAACGUCUCACCUUCUACCACCUCAAAGUAGUCGAAAGGUUGAAGUUCUACUAGGAUAUAGUACGAGCCUUUUAGAGCAGUUUCGAGGCAUAUUUGGUGCAUAUUCGUGGGAAAUGCUUCCUCUUACAUUAAUGUACGUUUUACUAAAGGAUUCUAGUGAAGAUAUAGAUGAAGUCAGAAGACGUAUUGCGGAAGCAAAUAGUGAGAUCCGAGCGGCCUUGUGGGAAGCUUCGAGGAUGAUCCAUUUUGGAGGAUCGUAUUACUACUCAGGUUAUGGGGGUUCAGCAGGGUCCGUAGGUGCCCCAACGUAUUUCGGGGCGGCCCCAGUUAUUGGAAUGGCACCUCCAGCAACAGCUGCCCAUCUGGGACCUCUUUCGCAUCCGCUAAGUGCCCGACUUCUAGGGGCCACAGCUCCGUCGAGUCCAGAAACACCGGCAAGUCCUCCUGAACGAAGUCCGCCGGCCACUCAGCCCUGAUUGGCCUGAAAAACUUGACUUAAUGCAUGGAGAGAGACUGAGAAGUGGCUGAAUCCAAAGAAGAUAAUCGAACCGAAUUAAAUGAGGAAGAGCGACUUCGGCAGCUAAAGUCCGAAAUCCUUCGUUGUUCCAGAGUACAAGUUCUUUUAAGCAGUAUCGUUAAUGCAAAGUGUUAAGUCGACUUAAGUCAAUUACGUUAAUUCAAGACUUCUUGAAUAUUGGAUUCAAUAAUCCACAUCUGUCGACUGUUGCAAAAGAGCAAACAGAAAAUUUGACAUGGCAUGCAAAAGUGUCACAGAUCUUGUUACUGCAGGUUGCGUGCGCCUUGCCGUUGUCACUAUGGCUUGACAAAAAUUGAAAAUGCUAAAAAGAAAAAUCUAUCGUCCAACUUCUAUCAUCUCUAAAAUAGGCCUCACAGGCCUCUCACUAAUAUCCUCCAUUGUACCCUAUAUUCAGUUGUGGUAUCUAAUUUUUCAAAUCGAAUUCUACCUAAUUUUUCAAUAUUAUAAGCAAAGGGUAUCUAGUAAGCGUUAAGAAUUACACCAUGAAUGAAAAAAGUACAAUUCUUACCCCAUUGUUUAUCCCAUAGGGACUGUGAGGCCUGCUUGCAAUUCAUACCAUACGUACAUUUCACAUACAAUUAAAGAACGAAAUUUCCAUUGAAUUUGCUUAUCGCAAAAGAAAAGCAUUUAGUUUCUAAAUAAUACGUUCUUGUCAUUUCUCUCCCCAACUCGAAUGGGUUAAAUUUUUACACAAAAUAAAAUCGAAUUUGACCGCGCCACCAGUUGUAGCGGAAGUGGUAACGGCAAGGAGGACAAAAUUGUUCGUUGGCAUGAAAGGAGCGGGUCCGUGAUAAAGCGACAGCAGGAAGCGUCGACCACAAUUAAUUGUAUAGAGGAGCAAAGUGUGCGAUAUCAUAAUGCUGCCGAAAGAGAAAUAUGUGAAAAGUGGAAAAAGAAAGCGCGAAACCAAGAGGAAGGAAGAAGGAAGGAGGAAGAAGGAAGACAAGACAUAAAAAGAAAGAAAGACCGAGAGAAGAAAUGCCCAGUGAUUGCGGCCCAUGUAACAUAAAUAAACUCUGGACUACAAAGUUGUACCACAUGCAAGUCGAUUUGCAGAUUUGUUUUUUAUUUAUUGUGAUAUUAGGAUGGAAAAGUCAUGUUUAAUCUCCCCAGGAGACGCUUAGUUAAACCUUUUAAAUGUUAUUUUAGAGACUAUAUCUAGGCCUAGAGCUGUAAGCAGUUUUUGUUCCAUUGUUACGUGCGUGUAUACGAAAUCCAGACGUACAGAACGUACAAUAUUUCGGAAUUGUUUAGUGGUCAAGCAACCAGAGCAAAUCAUCUUUGCGUAAUUUAUUUUACAAUCAAAAUAGAGGUUUAACCGGAACCUCUACGAUAUACGCUCCAAUCUGGGGUUAGCAGUCGUAACUCCUAACCCCAGAUUGGGGAGUUGAGUAUGGCGAUACUUUCUAACCGUUUUUAAUUGUAUAAAGUUCAUUUACUAGAGACAGAUUUCAACAAAUACAUAUUUGGUCCUCUACUAUUCCGAAAUUGUUUUUUCGUGUACGUAUUUGUAUACACGUUUAUGUGAGAGAUUGAGAGUGUACAUACAUUGGCGUGUUUGUUCAAUGGUGUGAUUGGAAAUGCGGGAGAUAUUCUUUAAUUUGAGGAGGUAACGAGCAUAGGUCGUUGAACUACUUAGAACUUGUUAAAUUGACCUCCAGUGUGUUUUAUUUCACGAUUUCGCGACGAAUCGAACCUAAAGUGCCAGCACAUUUUCCCCAUUCGAGAUCGUUCUAGACUGCUUUUGGGUAUUCUCAGGAUUUUUUUUCGAACGAAAUUUGUGGUUCUUCAAGAAAAGAGGCGAUUUUACCCUCUGUGAACAAUUAUUAUUUUUAGGUUCAGUAGGUGUUAAACUCUUUUAUAAAUAGAUUUUUUUCCGAAAUUUAUUCUGUGAGCUAUUGCAAUUAUUAAUUAAAGUUAAUUAAAAGUUCGAAUUACAUUAUGUCAUUUCUUUAUUUUCUUAUUAUUUCCUUAUUCAUUUAGAAAUAUUUUGUUAACAUGGUGUACAAUAAUUGUCAGAAAAAAUGCAUUUUUUAAGCUCAUAUUACGCCAUUUUAAAACCUGAUUUUCUACUUGAGAUAAAAUACGCUUGUAAUAAUAUUAAGAUUUUUGUUAAUAUUGUUCUUGAUAAUGAAUUGUUUUUUUAUCGACGUGGCGUACUAUGCCUUCAGGGCGACUAAAUGUAACAGUUUAUGGUGCUCUUAAAAUCAUUAUGUUGAGUAAAAUUUCCUUUUAAUUUAGUCAUUUCAAAUCGUUUCAAUCGUUCUUUUUGUGUUUAAUCUUUUUUAAUUUAAGAUUCUUGGAGAGAAUCCUAUAAAAAUUACCCUUUAUAUAUUCACUUUAAAAUUUUAGAUAAUUUAAAUAGUUUUAGUAAAGUUCAAGUAAGAAUCGCGAAUUAAACAAAAAUUCAGCUGAAUUCCUGUUUGUUCAUUUCAAUUCAAUUACGGUAUACUACUCGAGUUCAGUUAAUUUAUAGUGAUUUUUUUGUGCAAUUUAUCUAAAUUCAGGAAAUUGGUUUGAAAUAAAACUUCAAACGAAAUUGGAGGGAAUCGAAGAGAAUUAUAUUUUAUUUUAGAAAAUUCAGCUACUUUGAUAAGAGUUUACUCAAUUUUUGUAAAAUAAAAUUUUAAAAUGGAAUUUAAGUGAAUUCAGAUAAAAUAAAAAGACCGACAGGAAGCAACUGAUAUGAAUAUAACGAAAUUUGGAUGAACUCCGAAAAAUUCUGGUAAUAAAGUUAAAUCUUGUAGAAAUAUAUUUUUACAAUAAAUUAAAACGACGUGAAAAUUUUAAUUUUUUGUACAAUUUUUAAGUACGUUCUAGUUAAAUAAUAAUGUUAUAAUUUUUUUCCCAAUUUUUUGAAAAAAACGUGCAAUUUUCACAUUGAGGUUCUUUAUUGUAAUUUAUUGUAUUUUGUUUUCUUACCUGGGUUAAAAGAUUCUGCUAUAUUCUACUGCUUUUCCAACAAUUUUUUUGUUAAAUUGAGAUAGUAAUGAACGUCGAAAAAAAUUACUUUCUUCGUCGUUUCAACCUAUAUUCAAAAAAUAAAAUAAAAUUUGUUAUUUUAGACAACAGAUUUACGACAUAUUAAGAUUUUAUUUUUAAAGUUUCAGAUAUAGUAACCAUAUGACAAAACUGUCUUGUAAUUUUACCUGUAAAUAAAAAAUGGCAAAUUUAUAUAAUUUUAACAUGAAUAAUCCGUGAAAUAUGCCUUUACAGAAUCAAAAGUAAAUAAAUCCAGUUUCAUUCAGUUAAUAGCUUCAGAAAAGUAAUAGAUUACAUUUUUUUUGUUUUUCAGUUAUUUGAUAUCCUGAUUGAUUAUAAUAGUCAAUUUUUAACUUUAUUUUGAUCGACGGGAUUCAAGUUAAAUAUGACCCCAAAUAUGAAGAAAUGAACUCAAGUGCAUAUAUCACAUUUUCUUCGUUUACUCCUGUAACUGUAUUUCAGUAAAUUCAACUAAAUUUAAGUGAAUUCCCGAAUUUUAGCAAACUUCACUGAUAUGUAGUGAAUUCCAUAAAAGUCACUGAUAUAAAUAACAUUCGCUGCGAAUUUAGUUGCAUUCUUUAUAUUUGAAGUAUAUUUAAAUUCAAUUAAUUUAAUUUCAGUUUCCAAUGAAGCUUAAUUUAAAGUUAUUCAUGGCUGAAAAUUUAAAAAAAUAAUCUCGGGAUGGAAUUCUAUUCCCUUCACGGUUUCCCCAGACGAGUACUUUUCUUGCCAUAGCCACGAAUUUCGAUGAGCUAGUUUUUUGUCUGAUGCGGCACAGAGUGCAGUUUCACCGACCGAACUUCUGUGAUGUGGCGUCACGUAUACAAGAUUGGCGCGGCGAGUUGGAGGGGAUGUAUAGGUGGAAAAGAGAACAACGAUACAACUCUCGGCCACUUCACUCACUCAUACCUACCCAAACCACCCCCUAGCCGCGCGCUGGUUGGCCACAGAUAGCGCGGAAUUCAAAAUGGGUAUUGAAUACAAUUAUUUCUAUUAAAAUAAAUAAUUAACAUAAAAUGCACAAGAAUAGAUAUAAAUUGUAUAGCUUUUGAUUUCAGUUGAGAACAAAUUUAUAAAACAUCAAAAACUAACUUGUUUUUCUCCAAAAAAAAUGUGAGUAAAUACAAUUCAUAUAAAUUAUUGUACAUUUUAUGACAAUUAUUAAUUUUAUAUACAAGAACAGUGUUUAAUAACCGUUUUGAAUUUCGCGCCAACUGCGGCUCACUAGCGCGACCCUAACGCAAGCGCAGUAGCUCAAGGUUACUGUGCGUAUAAAUGAUGCCACGCCGCCGAAGCUUUUUCGGGAAGACUACACUCCUAGUCCUUGGGAUGACUGAGUGUUGUACUUUUGGCUCGUACGUCGUUGCGUACCUUUUAACCUCUUUAAACUUACGUACUGUCGCCAUAUAUUUUUUAAACUAACUUUUAACCGUAUUGUAACCUAUCUGUCUAUGUGUAUACGCUAGGGAAGGGUGUAUGAAAAAAAGUCCUCAACGACGUAAGUGUUGAAGAAAAGCUCACGCACGACGAUAAUCAGAUAAUAGUUAAACAUUGUUGUACAUGUUUAUUUCAGUAAAAAUGACAAAAUUCGAUUGACUCGGAAAUAAAGAUGGUCCCGGAUAAUCACAAUUAUCUAUUGAAACUUCUUCUUUUACGGUGCUUACUGUGAAAGUUGAGCGACUUUGGUCGGCCAUGUAAGAGGGUUUGCGAAGUCGAUUGAAUCUGUAUUUACUAAUCAUAUUAUAUCAAUAGAUUUGACCGCUUUAUAUAUUUAUUGGACGACUUCGGAGAUAAGCGCAUUCUCACAAUCCGUUUAGGCGAGCAUUCGUCCAAUAUUUGAAUGAAAAUAUUUUUAGUCUUUCGCAAAGAGCGUUGUUGUUCAUUAAAGAAAUAGGAGCUUACUUGUUUAAUGUUAAAUCUUUUUAUUUUAAUUAUUCGCUGUUAAAGUGGAUGUUAUUCAUAUAUUUUUAUCUUACGUCUGAGAAAGAGAGUAAAGGCGAUAAAAAAAUGUCUGUAUGGCUUUUUUAUUAUUCUUUGUUUGCUUUUAAUGCUCGUCUAGGCGGGCUCCUGUAUGAGUGCGGCUUUUUAAAACAAACGAGAUCUAUUCACAUUUGAGUUUCAAUUUAUACUCAACCUUCGUUUUGUAGAAUCUUAUUGAUAGAGAUUUUGUAAUAUGUUGUGAAUGAUUUUUCGGCGUUUGCACUUGUACAUGGAUGCACUUCAAGGAAUACAAUCUAAGAUUAACAGGACAUGGUAUGAAAAAGAUCCUGGGGACAAAAAAUGUACGAAUUGUAUGCACGAAUUGCUGUUCGUGGAUUCAGUGUACACUGUACCUACUUGGCGUAUUUUAACCGUUAAAUUACAAUAAACAAAUAAUGACCGAAAUUAAAAAA